AUGGCGACUGAAUGGAAAACGCCACACCCCAACCCGGAAACGUUGCGAGCGGCGUUGAUAGAGAUAGAGGCUAUGAUCAAUUCCCGACCACUGACGCACAUACCGUUGUCCAACGAGGAAGACGAGAUUCUGACGCCGUUCCACUUCCUUAUUGGACGAGGCGUUGAUAACCUAACGCCGGAUAGCCUGGACACAUCCUACGUAUCCAGGCAGCAGUUCAAAGUGGCCCAGCAUAACGCGAAGGUUUUCUGGGAUCGCUGGAAGAAGGAGUAUCUGCCAACACUCAUCAAACGGAACAAGUGGACCAACAAGGUGGAACCAGUGAAGGUGGGCGAUGUGGUGAUGCUCACAAACGACAACGCACCCGCGGGACAAUGGCUGAAGGGCAAGGUGCUGGAAGUGCACCCGGCUGCGGAUGGGCAAGUUCGCGUCGUGUCCGUGAAGACGGAUACCGGAAUCCUAAAGCGACCGGCCGUCAAGGUAGCAGUAGUGGACGUGAAGCCCAAGGAGCAUCUACUCGUCGUGAAGCAACCGCCAUCCAAGACGACCAAGAGAGUGCUGAUAUGCUAA